AUGAGCGGUCUCGAAAAAGAACAAGAUUAUAGGCUUUCCGACAGUAUCAUGGCUUCAGAAGAGCAGAAAGCUCUUGGUCUUGUUUGGGUAGGGCAAGAGAUUAUUGCUGACACUGAUUCGGUAUCGGCAAUUAAAGCUGCUCCCAGCGGCUCGACUUUGCAAGAUACCGCAAUAGCACCGAAGCUUUGCAAGACCGUUGAAGUCAAGACAAGAUGUGGUCAGCUUCUGCAAAUGACAAUUGAGCCUGACCAGAUGGUGGUCUUUAUGCCAGACAUGUUUUGCACGAUCAUGGCUGUCGAACCGAUCGUUAAUUCGUCAUACGCUUCAGUCAAGCUUGAGGCUGAAGAAUGGCUCUUCCGUGAACUGAACGCUGAUGAAACAUUGCGCAAGCGUAUCAGAAAGACUAGUUGGUGGUGGUUUGCUGCUGCUGCAGCACCUCACGCUUCCAAGGAAGAUCUCAAGGUUUUGGUUGACUGGGGUAAUUGGGUUUUCCCAUGGGAUGAUCCAUUCGACAACGGUAGUUUUAGAGGGGAUCCUACUGGCGCUAAAAAAAUGCUUGACAAUCUCAUGUCAAUCAUGAGAGGAGAACCACAAAGCCCAAAGAACGCUUUGGUAAUUGCGCAUAACGAUAUUUGGCGUCGGAUUGUGGAGAGUGCGUCAGAAGGUAAAUUUCCUUGUUUGAAUGUAACGUCACAUCCAAAGAGAGAUGCUGAGAAAGCAGUUGUGCAAAAGCGAUAUGCUGCUUCAAUGGAGCUUUACUGCUCAGGGGCCCUGGAAGGCGUUGGAAACUAUGCCAAGUCAAGGAUUCCGGGUCUGGAAGAGUACAUAGACAUGCGUCGUCGCAGCGUCGCCGUUCUCCCGAUAGUCUGUAUGAUUGAGUUUGCUAUGAAGAUUGAGGUUCCCGACAUUGCCUAUAACGACAAAUCUCUGGUCACCCUGCGUAGGAUUCUGGAUGAUGUCGUCUUCUUGCAGAACGACAUGAUGGGCUACGCUAAGGAAGAGCGUGAAUGCGUGACGCACAAUGUCAUUAGCAUUCUCCGUAAUCUGGGCAUGACGACGCAGGAAGCUUUCGACAAGGGAGGCUUAAUGCUGAGAGAACGCGAGUUAUAUUUGCUUGAAGCGUUCUUCGUUCUUUGUCGUUUGCUGUCUCCGUAUUCAACGGACGCAACUCAUUCAUUGGAACAUGGUUACCGAGACUGGCAUAUCGUCCAAGCAGACCUUCCGAGUUGGGGUGAAGCUGUCGACCGCGAGGUUCAGAAGUACAUAGCCGUUGUGCACUCUUGUAUGGUAGCCAAUUUAAAUUGGCACCACCAAAGCCACAGAUACUUUGCAACGUACAAGGAUAUGGCACGAGAGUUUGGUGCCGUCGUGGUUUUGGAGCAUCCACCAACAAUGUCCGAGGGUGUCAAUUGA